AUGCACGAGCUUUAUGUCUGGCCAUUCGCUGAAGCCAUGAACGCCGGUGUCGGUUCCAUCAUGUGCAGCUACAACAAGGAGGAACUCGACUUCCAAGGCUUCGUCGUCUCUGACUGGGCAGCCAUGAUCAACGGCGUCCGAUCCGCGCUUGCCGGCACAGACAUGAACAUGCCAGGUUUCAUGGCCUACGGCCAGCCCGACGAACCCAAUCCCGACCAGACUAGCUCAUCCUGGUGGGGCUCCGCGCUCAUAGAAUCGGUCAAGAAUGUUUCCGUUCCCGCUGCUAGGGUGCAGGAUAUGGUCGAGAGGACGAUGGCGGCGUAUUUCAGGUUGGGACAGGACUCCCCUCAUUAUCCGGAGGUGAACUUCAGCUACUUGACCGAGGAGACGGAGUUGAAUGGCGUGGUGGUCAACGAGCAUGUUAACAUGCAAGGAGACCAUUAUAAAGUCAUCCGCGAGAUCGGCGCGGCGAGCACUGUGCUCCCGAAGAACACCAACGAUACCUUGCCUCUCAACGUCGACAAAAUCAAACGCCUACUCAUCGUGGGUUCUGACGCCGGGUGCCGCAGAUCGUGUACAACGAGACGUUGAACAUUGACUAUAGGAGGGUUCACUCUUUUCCGGAUUCGUUCAACGUACAAAGACUGAAUAUUGUUAUGUUGUGCAGGCACUUUGACGCGAACAACAUCGAUUCCCGCUUUGAGUUCGGUUUCAGUCUCUCGUACACUACGUUCGAGUACAUCGGCCUCAAUAUCGUCCUCUCGUCGGGCCACAGCCGCAGACAAUUGGCCUCUUCGUCCAUCUCCGCUCUGCCCUUGCCCCCCUCAGCCCUCUCUUCCUCUCUUCCGUCGGUUUCAGCGUCUUCUUCGGUAGUUUCGACGGACUGCGUUGUCACCUCCACGGGCAGCUUGUUCUCUUCUGUUAGUGCUACCGCUACCUCCACUGACAUGUCGUUCUCCGUCAACGCCACAACCUUCUCUGCCACCUCGACGUCCUCGUCCCCCCAGCAAUGUCACGUCAACGGGAUGAUAGGCAGGAUGAGACAAUGAGACAGAGGUGCCGACGACGAGAUGUGUCACCUAGACCGGGCCUAACCGGAUGACGCGACGCGUCAAAUCCUACCGCGUCCUUUAGGCGUACCAUACUCUAGGAUUGUUUCCUGUAAACCAUACGGGUGAAUUGAACCCCUGGAAACACUCACUGGCCGUCCAAAACAAUCUCGAAUACGCACUG